AUGGAUGAAACUGCUUUUGCUUCACUAUUGUUGGCCCUGCUAUUAGUUUCCCACCGCAGCACGAGUUCAAUUCAGAGAGAUCAGAUCCUAUCUAUCUACAACGUGCUAAUACUAAUGACGACCGUCUUCGACGAACUGGUUAACAAAUUCCCUGAUCGUUAUGAAAUUAAAAUUCUGCUGGAAAAAAUUUAUGAUGUGACUGGUAUCAUGAGUCGAUUCAGACCACCGGAUAAGGAAGUCUGUGAUACUGUGGAAGAGGAAAAGCUCGCCAGUCUCAAAGAAGAUCUUAAGGCUGUCAUCACAGUGGCGUCAGUGAUUUGGGUCAAGAUAUAUGAUAUCGAUGUCCCACAAGUGCAUUCACCGAAAAAGAUGAAAACAAGUACCGCAAGAGUAGAUACUGCGAAUCGGAAAGGCUGA